AUGAUUGAUCAAGAUAUGAAAGUUUGGUUAAUUGAAAUAAAUGUUAAUCCAGCCUUAACAACAAAUACAAAUACACUUAUUCAAGCUAUUCCACCUGUUGUUAAAGAAUCUAUUUUAUUAUCAAUUGAAUGUUUUGAAAAAAUUCGUCAUAAUCAAAAAAUAUUUCCAUUAAAAUCUUUAAAAGGAUUUAAAUGUAUUUAUAAUGAAUUAGAAAGAAAAUAUUCCUUACCUUAUAUUGAACAAAAACGUCCUAUUUCAUCUUUACCAAAUAUACGAAAAUCUAAUUUAUCACCAUUUAAUAAUCUUCGAACACGUUCAAAUACAAAUAAUUCAAGUAAAAAUGAUCAAAAAAUAUGUUCUAUUGAAAAACGAAUAUUAUCAUAUAAAGUAUGUGAAAAAGGUGAACGUCCUAAUUCAAUGUGUUAUAAUAAUAGAUUAUCAACACCAUUUAAAAUAAAUAAUUCUUUAACAUAUGAAAAAGAUUCAAUGAUGAUUAAAUAUCAAACAAUUCAAAGAUAUAGAAAUAAUUUUGAAAUUUUAAAACCAGCAACUGUUAUUGCUGAAGAAUGGGACAAUUUAGAUGAUAUACAAAAAAAUCGUCUUUCAAUCGGAGGUUCAAAAAGUCUUGUACUUAUUUCAAAAUGUUCAACUCGAAAUAAAGCUAAUCAACCUCUUCAAACAUAG